CGAUCCGUGAUCCGGUCCGAUCCAGAUUUUGUCAACGCCGUCCAAAAACCCAGCGAAUAUAACGUCUUAUCUUUCUAGGAGGCCAUCACUGCCUCGUGCAUAACGUUUCCGCUUUCUAAGGCAAAUUUCCAACUCAACUUUGGCUGCCAUUUUGUUUUGGUCUACUCAAAAUGUCAUGGGAUAAAAAUCUCCAAGAUUUUUUGGAGAUUUUGUACGACGUGAACCCAGCUUUUACCAGGGUUUUCUCCCGACGAGCCGCCAAAAUCGUCGAGGAGAAGACCCUGGGGACGAGGUAUCCAAAACAGGUAUCUUUACAUACCUUACACGACAUAGCUACCGCUCGCGUUCUUGGAGCUGGCCAAAAGGAUCGUGGUGCAAAAAGCAUGAAUUGAUUACCGAGUACUACCGAUAGACUGCCACGCAGACGCAAGUUGUGGAAUGCAAAGCGAUACCGGGCGACCAGCUGGGAUAUCGUCAUUGUGUUGAGUGACUGCUCGUUCAUUUUUCCGAAAAACAAUGUGUGCUGUAAUGGCAACCUACGUGUUGCGGAACGUUUUUUUUCGGCGUUCGAAAUUGUGCCCUGGUGGAAGAUUUUAUUCUACGCUAGACAGAGGCAUAAACAGUUCCAUUCAUUCGAACAUUGGAAAGGGAAUUGCGUUUAGAUCAGAGUUAAAACGGAAAGCAAAGAGAGUGGUUGUUAAGCUUGGAUCAGCUGUUAUCACAAGAGAUGAUGAGUGUGGAGUGGCUCUAGGAAGACUGGCGUCUAUUGUUGAACAAGUGUCAGAGUUACAGAAUGCUGGCAGACAAAUGCUGUUAGUCACCAGUGGAGCAGUGGCAUUUGGAAAACAGAAGCUUAGACAUGAAAUUCUUCUCUCUCAGAGUGUUCGUCAAACACUUAAACCACAAGACUUCCUGAAGUCACGACCAUAUAUUGAGCCACGUGCAUGUGCUGCUGUGGGACAGGGAGGCUUACUGUCACUCUAUGAAGCAAUGUUCCAACAAUAUGGUCUUACAUGUGGACAGGUACUAAUAACAAAGCAAGAUGUGCAUGAUAAAUACUCGCUGGAUAACUUACGAUCAACAGUGGAAGAGUUAAUCUCUAUGAACUGCAUUCCCAUUAUAAAUGAGAAUGAUGUUGUAGCAUCACCUCCUGAUUUGGAUUUAGAUUUGGCAGGGGUGAUCAGUGUUAAGGACAAUGACAGCUUAUCUUCCUUGUUGUCAGUGGAGUUGAAAGCAGACUUACUCUUGAUGUUAUCAGAUGUGCAAGGUAUUUACAGUGGCCCUCCAGACCUCCCAGAGUCUCGUCUUCUAGACACAUUCAGACCAACUGAUGUUAGCAAUAUUGAAUUUGGAGAGAAGUCCCGCGUUGGUCGUGGAGGCAUGGAGUCUAAAGUGAAGGCUGCAGCAUGGGCUCUUGAGAGAGGUACCAGUGUAGUGAUAGCAAAUGGCACCAGCAGUGAUUAUGUCAUUCGUCAAGUUUUGGACGGUCGAAAGGUUGGAUCAUUCUUUACUAUGGUAGAGGAAACAGGGCCAUCUGUGGAGAACCAGGCAGCAGGAGCUCGUAAAGGAGGUAGAGCUCUUCAAGUACUUACAGCUGACCAGCGAGGCAAAAUCAUAUACAAGUUGGCAGAUCUUCUGAUUGAAUGCAAAGAUCAGAUCCUAGAUGCCAACUCUAAAGAUCUGGAAACUGCACGUUUUGAGGGGCGACUUUCAGCUCCCAUGAUGGCCAGAUUACUUUUGACUCCAUCUAAACUGGAAAACCUUGCACAGGGAUUGAGGCAAAUUGCUGAUUCUUCGCACAAUAUCCUGGGUCGUGUGCUGAAACGAACCAAGAUAAGUGAUGGUUUAGAACUUAAACAAGAAACUGUUCCCAUUGGAGUGCUACUAGUCAUCUUUGAAUCCCGUCCAGACGCUCUGGUUCAGGUUGCUGCACUUGCUAUCAGCACAGCAAAUGGACUAUUACUGAAAGGGGGCAAAGAGGCUUACUAUAGUAACAAGUGUCUGCAUAGUCUUGUUGAAGAGGCUCUAGCAAUGUUUGUUCCACCAGAGACCAUUAGUUUGGUCAGUACUCGAGAAGAUGUAAAUGAUCUUCUUCAAUUGGAUAAGUAUGUGGACUUAGUUAUUCCACGGGGUUCCAGUGAGAUGAUUGAGCGUAUUCAGUCAGAGAGUAAAGGAAUUCCUGUGCUUGGACAUGCUGAGGGUAUUUGCCAUGUGUAUGUAGAUAAAGAUGCUGACCUCGAAAUGGCAACAAAUGUUGUGGUGGAUUCCAAAUGUGAUUAUCCUGCAGCAUGUAAUGCAAUGGAGACUCUGCUAAUACAUAAGGACCUCCUCAGGUCAGCUUUCCUGGACCGUCUACUUAAAGCUCUCCGAGAAAAGGGAGUAACAGUUCACGCUGGACCUAACCUAGUCAAGAUGUUACCACUGGCUCCGGCUCCUGCCAAGAGUAUGAAGAAAGAGUAUAGCGGGCUGGAGUGUGCAGUUGAAGUUGUCAGGAAUACGGAGGAAGCUAUUGAACACAUUCAUCAGUUUGGAAGCUCACAUACUGACGUCAUUGUCACUGACAACCGUGAAACUGCUAAGCACUUCCAAACAGCUGUGGACAGUGCAUGUGUGUUUCAUAACACUAGCACCAGGUUUUCUGAUGGCUAUCGAUUUGGUCUCGGGGCGGAAGUGGGUAUCAGCACGGGUCGAAUUCACGCACGGGGCCCGGUAGGAGUGGAGGGAUUGCUGACUUCAAGGUGGGUGUUAACCGGCCAAGGACACACCGUGGCAGACUUUGCUGAUGGGGGCUCACUCCAGUAUGUUCACGAAGCUCUACCACUUGACGAGGUUUUGCAGAAUUCCACAGAUGAAGAAACAAUUGAGGACACUGGAGACAGUGAAGUGAUACAAAAAUAAAUUAUUUGUUUACUCCAAGUGCUUUUAGCUGACUUCAAGGAAGAAAGCAUAUAGCCUGGCAGACAGACACGUUAAAGAAUGUUCAGUAGUUUGAAAAGUAAUAUGGCAUAAAGCACAGCCCCCGUGAAGUACUGACAAGGAACCUCGGAGUUAAGGACAACUAAGGUUGCUCAACCAACAAGGCAAUUGAGGCUUAAGUUAUCAGACGUCAUCUUGCAACUUACAGCAGUUGUCCACUGGAGAAUUCGCUAUGUCUAUGACUGUGGUUUGCUAUUAAAAAUAACUCGGUCCUCAAAGAGAACUUAUUGUUAUCCUAUUUAUCAAUGUAAGAAUAGCGAAAACUACGACAGAGAUGAUGAGGGCAAUGCCUUUAAAUGUGAAUAUUAUUGGGUUUUUUUCAGAAACCACACGAUGUGUUUGAAAUUCAUAUUGUAGUGCAAGACAUGUUUCGGAUGAAACAUCAUCCAUCUUUACAAAAAUACCAAUACAAAAUGAGCAAUAAAUAGUUAACCGUGUGUGAUGAAAAUAAGAAUAAUUAAGGAUUAAGACGCCAAACAGAAAAAAAGUGAAAAUAUAACACUAAAAUAAUGCAAACUAAUUAGUAUGAGCGAAAGAAAUAUACAGUUUUUCGACAUCGUCGGAUGUUAUUGUUAAGUAAAUGUGUAGCUUAGUUUAUGCAUUAUGUAAAAGGAUCUACAAUUAUGUGCAUAAGGUGGCAAAAUACUGUAAGCGACAAGAAAACUCGUGACUAUUAGGAAACUAUGUCAAUUAAACAAACACUUUUGCUCCGAUUGAAUUUGACUGAGUAUUGAGUACUACCUUAAGAUCUCUGAUAUAUAACAUUUCAUAUAUCAGGCAGUCAAAUUUACUCCUGCAUUUGAGAUGGUUAAAUGAUCUUUAGUGUUAUGUUUUCACUUUCUUAUUUUCAUCACACUGUUGACUAUUUAUUGCUCAUUUUCUGUUGGUAUUCUUGUAAACUGACGAUGGAUAAUGCUCCAUCAGAAACACCUCUUGUUUAAUACAAUAUGAAUUUCAAACACAUCGUGUGGUUUUUCAAAGCUAUCUCUUGCUUUUUACUGCUGAGAAGCCUUAAUAUAUGUUUUUACUUUGACAUACGUUUAGCUAUUCGCCAAAUUGAACUUGAUAAAGGUUAAUUAAUAGCUUUGACAAAGGGCUAUCACUUGAAACAUCAGCUUCACAGACUCGCUACGGUGGUUUAUUGGUCUCUUUCAACUUCAAGUUGAUAAAGAGCUAAAUGUUUCACCUUUGUUCAUGAUCAUGGGACAUCGACACUCAACUAGGUUUCUUAGCGAUUUUCAAGCUGUCAGUCUUACAACUGAAUUCUUGAAACAACUUUGGAAAUCCAAAUGAAAGUAAAAAAAAAAUAACUAGAGAACAAGAAAUAAAUCCACCAUCUUGGUUCUGAAUACCAUAAAACGUUUUGAACCAUUGCAGUGGUAUUCAGGCCUCUUGUUCUGUUGCCAUUGUAGCCUUGUUGUCAGAGUUAGUGUCAUGAUAGCACAUCAAUGAUGAAAUAUAGUAUCUCGUUUGCCGAG